AUGAUUAGUGAUGUGUCGAAUAUAAAAGAAGAGGAAUCAUAUUCUUCGAAAAACGAUGAAUAUAUUUCAAAGGAAAAAAAAGAAUCCUUAGCAGCUAGCCAUAAAAAUGACGAAAGGGAAGAAACUGUAGAAGAAAAAGAAGUAAAAGAUGUAGACAAAAAACACUUGGAACUUAAAGAGAAAUUAAAAAUGUGGAGGAGUAGUGUUUCUAAACAAAAUGAUAGUAUGAAUAAAAAUGAAAUUGUCCAACUAGCUAAAAUGAGUGAUAAAGAAAAAACUAGAGAAGAAAUUAAAAAAAGAUUAGAAAAAUAUAAAAGAGAACAUAAAAUUUAUGAUGGCAAUGAGUCGGAAAAUGAUGAAGAACAUGAUAAUAAAUAUUUCAAAAAUAAAAAUAAUUUGAUAUGUGAAUCGAAAAAUGAGGAUAUUAAUAAACAUUAUUCAAAAAAAAAAAAUAAUAAUAAUAAAAGUACAAGUAAUAGCUAUUCAAAAAAUAAUAGUAUAAAAUAUAAUGAUAAAAAAUAUUAUCCAAGUAAAAGUAUUGAUAGUAACAAUAAUAGUCUUAGUAAUAAAAGGGGAUAUAGUCAUUACAAAAGAAAAGAAAAACAUUCAUCGAGUAAUAAUAGUUAUAUGGAUUACCAUAAGGAUAAAAGGAGAAAUAAUAUUAACAGAAGAAGAAAAUCGUAUAGCUAUUCAUCUAGUUCUAGUUUGAAUGAAGAGAAGAAAAAAAAAAAAAAAAAGAUAAGUAACAUUAUAAUUAAAGGUGAUAGCAAUAGUAAUAGUAAUAGUAAUAGUACUCGUAAUAGUAUUCGUAAAAGUUAUAAUAGUAAUAAUAAGAAUCGUAGGAAGAGUCGCUCGUAUGAUUCGUAUAAUGAUAAUUCAUCGUAUAAAAGAAGUAAAUUAAAAAAAUCAUAUAAAUAUGAUAAGCAUACACAAUCUAAAUAUAAUAAUAAUAAUAAUAAUAAUGAUCGUCGUAAAUUCAAAUAUUAUCAUGAUGACGAUUUAAAUAAUAAACAGAUGAAAAAGCACAGUGAUCAUAUACAUCAUUAUAAUCAAGCAGAAACAGAUAAAUAUUCAAAAUAUUUAUAUAACAAUAUAACAAAAGAAAGAAUCGAUAAAAAAUAUCAUAGAGUACCUUUAGGAUAUCAUACUACAAAAGAAUCAUGGAAUAAUUACACAAACUGGUUACAAAAAAAAAAUGAUUAUAGAUUUAGUUUACCUUUUGAUGAAAAUAAAAUAUUUAGAAAGUCUAGUUCUCUAUCUCCAACAACGUGGGAAAAUUUUGUUAGUCUCUCUGAAGAAGACGAAAAAGAAGUAAAAGAAGUAAAAUCAGGAAAUGAACCAAAACAUAGGGAAAAAAAAAAAAAAAAGGAAAAACGAAAAAAUCAUCGCUCAUCAUCAGAUGAUUCUGAAUCCAUUUCCCUGUCGUGCACAUCUGAUGAAAAAAAUUCUAAUAAAAGUUCAAGUCGCAGUGUUGAAAAAGUCAAAAAAGAUAUAGAUAAAAAAAAAAAGCGUGAAGAAGAAAAAAAACAUAAACAUAAACACAAACAUAAACACAAACAUAAACACAAACACAAGCACAAACAUAAUGAAAAACGCAAAUCCAAUGAUAAAUCCAAAGAUAAAUCCAAAGAUAAAUACAAAGAUAAAUACAAAGAUAAAUACAAAGAUAAAUCCAAAGAUGAAUCCCAUAGAAAGAAGAAAAAAGAACAUAAAUCAAAAGAUAGAAGAAAGCAUAAAAAAAAAGAAAAGAAAAAGAAAGAAAAAGACAAAAAAAAUAAACAUCAUUCGGAAGAAUCAUCUUCAAAUACCUACAAUAGAAAUAAAACAAAAAACGAAUCUGAUGAAUCCUCAAAUGAAGAAGGAUCCUCUACUUCAGCAACAUCCUUAUCCUUUCUAUGCGAAGGAUAUGACUCAUUAGAUAAUAAUAAAUAUUUUAUGAAUAAUUAUAAAUUAAAAAAAGACAAAGACGAAGAAGAAGAAGACGAAGAAAAAGAGGUUAAUAAUAAUAAAAAGUUAAUAAAGAAAAACAAUAACCAUUUAAGUGACAUCAGUCAAAAUAGUAAAGAAGAUUCAGAUAAAAAUAAAGAGAAGAAGAAAAUAAAGGAAAAGGAAAAAAUUAAAAGAAAAGAAAAAUUAGAUGAAGAAGAAUAUACAGAAAAUAAUAUUGAUGAUAAAAAUUAUACAUAUAAAAGGAAUGACGAAAUGAAUGAUAUCGAGUCAGAUAAUUCAUCAGACAAUGAAAGUAUAGGUCCUAAACCAUUAGAUGUAAAUGUAAAGCUAGCUACAAAACAAAUAGAUUAUGGUGUUGCCAUGAUGCCUGGAGAAGGACAAGCAAUAGCUCAGUUUGUUCAAAAAGGUAAGAGAAUACCAAGAAGAGGAGAAGUUGGUUUAUCUGCUGAAGCUAUCGAAAAUUUUGAAAGCCUUGGUUACGUUAUGAGUGGUUCAAGGCAUAAAAGAAUGAACGCUAUUCGUAUGAGAAAAGAAAACCAAGUAUAUAGUGCAGAAGAACAAAGAGCAUUAGCUAUGUAUAAUUAUGAAGAGAGAGCCAAUAGAGAAAAUGCCUUGAUUAAUGAUUUAAAAGAAAUAUUAAGGAAACAAAAUGAAAGUAUAUUAUCAAAUGAGAAAAAUGAAUAA